GAGUUUGGGGUGAAGCAUCCUCGCUGUAGAUGGGACGGGGCGCAGGCGGCGAGAGCCGAGCGUUGGCACGGAGUAUUGGCACCGACUCCUGACCCGGGACAGUCCCUCCGGCCACAGCACGCGGCGCAGCGGCUUCUUGCUGGAGCCCGUGGCCAGUGAGCCUCCGACACCAAUGUAUCCCAGAGCGUUGACAGCGGGACUUUUCCUCCUGGGCUGCUGGCUGCGAGCGGGCGCAGAGGAGAGAGGUUCGCUGCCGAAGUGCAGGAGUUGCCAGGACUGCUCAGCGGACAAUGGCUGCCUGAGCUGCCAGCACCGCCUCUUUCUGCUGAUCAGGAGGGAGGGCAUCCGACAACACGGGGAGUGUAUGCACGUUUGUCCUGUGGGCCAUUACAGUGUGCGCGGCAAAGAUGCCAACCGCUGUCUCAGGUGCAAGGCCGCCAGUUGUGAAGACUGCUUCAGCCGAGAGUUCUGCAUCAGGUGUAGACCCGGCCACUACCUACUGAAGGGGAAGUGCUACACAGCCUGUCCUAAAGGGUCCGCUCCAGAGGCCCGGCUGAUGGAAUGUGUGGAUGGUUGCGAGGUGGGGCCGUGGAGCGAGUGGGGUCCAUGCGUAAGGAACCAGCAGACUUGUGGCUACAAGUGGGGGACUGAGACCAGGACACGACAAGAGCUCUCGGCUUCAAUUAAUCGUUCGGAGCCCUGUGUUGCCCUGACGAUGUCGAGGAGGUGCAGAAUAAAGAGAAGACACUGCCCCGGGGGUAAAAAAACGCGUAGACACAGAGGAAACAAAUGGAGGAAGAGGCAACAGGCCAGUGGAUGGAGGUCAGAGGAGGGUGACGUCUCGUCGUAACGGAGGG